GGGAGAGGGAGGCAUCAGACCAACAGACUAUCAUCAAAUUAUACAGUUACUUUCCUUCGCUGUAUGCAGCCUUCUUGACAGAUCCUGUUCUCCCGCGCUUGUUAGCGUCCUGCAGGUCAUCAUAAUAUGUCUUCAACUUCGGCCCCGUCCCAUCCAAUCCAUCUCGAUCCCAGCGAGCUCGGAACAAAAGAAUAUUGGGAUAGAUACUAUCAGAACGAUCUAGACAAUGAUGAUGAUGCUGACGAUCCAAAUACCGAGGACGACGACAAUGACAACAACGAUAAUGGCAACGGCAACAGUCCUCCGGAUCCAUCCGAGCUAGAAUCGUGGUUCGACGACGUCGGCGCCCCAGCAAAGACACUCGCCUUUCUGACAUCUACGACAUUUCCCCUUUCCCCGAAUUACACCGGACCCACAAACUCAACAACCUCAACCUCAACUUCAACAGAACCGCAACAACAGGACCAAAGACGUCCAGCUCCUACAGUCCUAGACCUCGGCACCGGCAACGGCAGCGCCCUGUUCUCUCUUCGACUCGAAGGCGGAUACACGGGGCCCAUGGUCGGCGUCGACUAUUCAAGCCAGAGUAUUGAGUUGGCGAGGAAAUUGGCGAGACAAUACUUUUCCUCCUCGUCGUCAGCAACAGCAUCAGUUUCAGCAAAUAUCUCAUUCCACGUCCUCGAUUUAAUAACCGACGACCCCACAACGCAGUCAUGGUGGCCAGUUUCUUCUCACGGAUUCGACUUGGUACUGGAUAAGGGCACGUUUGAUGCCAUUUCUUUGUCGUCGGCGACGGUUCAAGUGCCGACGGACCCAACAUAUUCUCAUUCUACCACCACCACUGAACGCCGCGUCUGCGAACUCUACCCAUCGAAAGUUCUUUCCAUGGUCAAGCCGGGCGGAUUCUUGUUGGUGACGAGCUGUAACUGGACGGAAGACGAGGUGGUGGCUUGGUUUACUGGUCCUACUGCUACGGGGAGUGACGACAGCAAAGGACGGUUCGAAGUCUACGAUACCAUCAAGUAUCCCGUCUUUGAGUUUGGAGGCCAGAAAGGCCAGGGGGUGGCGAGUGUGUGUUUUAGAAAAGUGAUCUCGUAGUGUACUUGUAGUUGAAGACCUAUUUUCCUCUUUAGACAUCGUCUCUUUAGACAUCGUCUUUUUUGGUUCGUCUCGUUUAGGAGCCUUAGAGCCG